AUGACACAGACGGUCCAGACCAACGGGGUCCAGCCCCUCAGUAAGACCUGGGAGCUGAGUCUGUACGAGCUGCAGAGAACUCCUCAGGAGGCCAUCACAGACGGGCUGGAGAUCGCCGUGUCCCCGCGCUCUCUGCACAGCGAGCUCAUGUGUCCCAUCUGCCUGGACAUGCUCAAGAACACCAUGACCACCAAGGAAUGUCUGCACCGAUUCUGCGCCGACUGCAUCAUCACCGCCCUGCGCUCCGGAAACAAGGAAUGUCCGACAUGUCGCAAAAAGCUGGUGUCAAAGCGGUCGUUGCGCCCGGACCCAAACUUCGACGCCCUCAUCAGUAAGAUUUACCCCAGUCGGGACGAGUACGAGGCUCACCAGGAGAGGGUUCUGGCCCGAAUCAGCAAACACAACAACCAGCAGGCCCUGUCCAACAGCAUCGAGGAAGGUCUGAAGAUCCAGGCCAUGACCAGACUGCAGCGCGGCAAACGAAACACGGUGGAGAACGGCAGCGGCGCCGAGGACAACGGAGACUCCUCCCACUGUAGCAACGCAUCUGUCCACAGCAACCAGGAGGCCGGUCCCAGUAUCAAACGCACAAAGACCAGCGACGACAGCGGCCUGGACAUGGACAACGCAGCGGAGAACGGCGGCGGAGACUCUGCUCUAGACGGAGGAGCGAGCGAGAUCGAGCUGGUGUUCAGACCACACCCCACCCUCAUGGAGAAGGACGACCACAACAGGUGCUGCUAA